UUGUCUGUUCCACGAUCUCUCUUGGAUCCCUCCAUCCAUCAAGCAGUAGGUAGAAAUCUCACUUAUUUGGCACAAGGAACCCUCCUCACUACCUACUCUGCACUGGGCCUCAGACAAGCAGCUGGUGAGCACUGCUACCUGCUGAGCAUUCCUCCCGCACAAGAGCCUCACGCAAGUCAUGGCAGUGCCACAGGGCUGGCAGACAGGGCUCUGACUUUCAUCUCCACACUGGGCAGGGCUGCUGGGCUCAGAACCGGUCCCCUCUUUGUGACAGAGUCCCUCACCUGCCUCCAACCUCGGAAAGAGGGGCCGCUCCACUCCAAACCCUACCGCAACCCUUUCUCCAUCGUGCAUCCCCUGGCUGCUGACCAAGGCUCAGAAGAUGGAUGGUCUGGGGCUGAGCUGGCUAAUGAAUCACUCCCAUCCCCUUCCUCCAGACUCUUCUCGAUACCCUGAGCUCAGUGUUGACCUGCUCAGCAGGAAAGGAGCCUGCCUGCAGCUGGCUGCCACAAGGAAUGUGAACAUCAUCCUGCAGCACUACAAUUUCACAGGCAAGCUGACCAACCGUCAAUCCCAGGAUGAAGGCAUGAGCUUCGUUCACAUAAUCUGUGUCAUUGUCAGCUGCUUCAUCAUCCUAGAGAAUCUGCUGGUGCUGCUGGCCAUCCUGCGGUGUCUGCGAGCUCGCCGCUGGGUCUAUUCCUGCAUUGCCAGCAUCACUGUGAGCGACCUGCUGGCAGGCAUCGCCUACCUCUCCAAUGUCUUCCUCUCAGGCAAGAAGACCUUCCAGCUUUCACCUCAGCUCUGGUUCCUGCGGGAGGGCAUUCUCUUCAUCGCUCUGGCUGCCUCCACUUUCAGCCUGCUGGUGACUGCCAUUGAGCGCUACAGCGCCAUGGUAAGGCCAAUUGCUGAGAAUGAGGCCAGCAAGACCCUGCGCCUGCGUGGCCUCAUCAUCUCCUGCUGGCUGCUGGCCUUGGUCAUUGGACUCCUUCCACUGCUAGGCUGGAACUGUCUGUGCAACUUCAAUGCCUGCUCUGCCCUCCUGCCUCUCUACUCCAAGAACUACAUACUUUUCUCUGUGGUCAUGUUCAGCAUCAUCCUUCUAGGGAUCGUCGGCCUCUACGUCUCCAUCUAUCAGCUGGUCCAGGCCAGCUCCAAGCAAAUCAGUUCUCGGCACAGCCGCAAACGGUCCCUGCACUUGCUCAAAACUGUACUGAUGAUCCUGGGUGUCUUCAUCAUUUGCUGGAGCCCCCUCUUCAUCCUGUUGCUCUUUGAUGUCUUCUGUGAGACCCAGACCUGCAGACACCUCCACAGCCUGGACUGGACUUUGGGUCUGGCCAUACUCAACUCAGCCAUUAAUCCCGUCAUUUACUCCUUCCGGAGCAGGGAGGUGUGCCACGCUAUGAAAAGCCUGCUGUGCUGCUGCUGUGUUUGGGCUGGGCUUUGCAAGCCUGAGAGCUGCUUGGUCAUCACAGACAUCAACUCCGGUUCAUCCACAGAGAGCUCCUUGCGCUACCGGGAAAGCUUCCGCAGCUCCGUAGCCCUGAAUGCCCGGCCCAGGGCACCCCUCUCCAGCAAUUCCAGUAUGAUGAGCAAUCUCCCCAGCCUCUGAGAGGCUGUGGGGAGAGCAGGGGAGGAUCAGACAGUCCACUAGGACCUUGUGCUGCCAGUCUUGGCCUGGCAGAGCUGUGGCCUUGGUUUUAGCUCAGACUGAGAUUGUACAACCCCACCUUAGUGGUUAACUGUGGCCAGGCUUUCCAGCACCACGGAUUAGAUGUUGCUUCAGUGUGCAUGUAACAUGGGGAAAGGCAGUGGUCCUGGGAUAGGGGUGGGGGGAUAAGGAGGCAUAUACACUCUGCUGAGACAGCUGCCAUGCCCAAGGUUAUAAGGGGCCCCUGCUCCACGUGCGCAUGUCCAUAGAUGCUGUGCCUCUCCCGACAGAAGGCAUCUUGCCUAGGGUCCAGUGAGAGAGGUCUGGGUACCCCCACCAAGACUGUCCCCAGUCCCUCAGAAUCAGGCAAGGCUAGCAGAGCAGCCAGUCCAUGCAGGCAGAAGGCAAUCCCUGAGCCUUCUCCUGCCGUUUACAGCCUCCUGAAAACACAGGGGAGAUGCCUUGCCAGGGAGUCAAGAAUAAUUUGCAAGGUCGGGAGCAGCUCAGAAACCACUGGCCAGGAGUCAAGUGCUCACCUGCAGUGUAGCACAACUAGCUCUGGGUUGGCAGAGGGUUGCAAUGACAGCCUAAUCUCUUACAGAGUGCACAGACUUACCACUGAGCCUAGGCAAAUGCUGUGACCACACUUACAGCCUGUCAGGGAGACCUUGGAGCCCUGCUGUGUCUCCAGGCAUGAGGCUGCACCUGCAAGGCAGCCCCAGCACCACUGCAGGUAGAUGGAGGAACAGUCACUAUGGUGACUCAGGACUCUGGUGCCCUCAUGUGUGGCAGAACCACCUUCCCCAUCUGGCCAAGCCUCACAGGUGACAUGCACCUGCAGAGCACAGGGCUGUCCUGCUGUGGCCUCCCAGGGAGGUGAGCUGUACUCCAGCAAACCUGCCAAGGUCUGAGGUCCCAAUGCAGGGGAGAUGCCCACAGUGGCUAGGGCACUGCCAGAAGGCUGAACAGCAGCAUCCAGGCAGCUUUGCACCCUGCUGUCUCUAGUGAGAUUUGGAUCACACCUGAGUGGAAGCAGUAGGAGUUGUUUCUUCUUCCUUUCUGGUCCACAAAAGCUGCCUCCUUCCAGAAAACAUUUUGCAAACGGGGUUUUGCAACAGAUCAUUUACAAGAAUCACUGCAAUAGCCUGGCACAGUCAUCACCACGGGGCCGGAGCAAGGUGGCACCUGCUCCAAGCCCUUCCGAAUUUCAAGGCAGCUGGCAAAAGCAAUGGUGGGGGUCUGACCCUGGCACUGUGGUUCUGUGCCCAGCUGCAUUCAGAGGCAGGGGCAGCCUGUGCUCUGCCAGGGAAAUGCUCUGAGGGUCCCCACCCUGCUGUGAGAUGGACAGCAUCAACAGCAAGCAAAGUAGCCAGGCAUGCAGGAACCUGGGUAUUCACCAGACCCCGACGGUCUCACUCCACUGCCCCAGGGCCAAGCACUGCAGCCCAGCCCCUGCACAGCGCUGUUGCUGCCACCUGGACCUGCAGGCCAACCUCUGCUGGCCAGUGCCUCCACGUGAGCAGAGUGCCCCAAGCACUGCAGCCUUGCGGUGGGUGCUGGCAAGGCACCCAGGGGGCACCUAGAGGGCUCAGCCAGCAGUGGCAAGGCAUGCUGUGGGCUGGUGGGAGGCUGCACUGUGCAGGGGGCUGCUCCAGGGUGAGGCCAGCUGGGCCGGAUGGGCAUUGAGCAGUGCCAGCAGCACCAGGGGCCCAACGAGGCUGCGCUGUAGGGGGGGGGAGGUGAACCUUGGUCCCUUCUCCUGGGAGGGCCUGACCAACUCAGCAGGGCUCCAGAAGGCACCUCCUGCUGCACCUCUGCUUCCUGCUCCUACAUCCCUGCAGCAAGAAACCACAGCGGCUUCUCAGCACCUCCCCUCCCUGUGCGAGGCAGCCAAGGCAGCGGGCAUAGAGAGGAAGCUUCCUGACAGCCUGAAGCUUCCCGGCCCAGCCCCUGCGUAGCCACAUCGAGCUUCCA